UCUGGCCACACCCACUAGGAAGUGGGGAGCACCUGACAUGUCAUAAGAACUCUCGGCAGUACACUUACCGUUUGUCCUUUUGCAUUUAAGUUUCCCAAACUGCAUCCCUUUCGUGUCUAUUGCUCCAUGGCCAGUUCCUUUCCAAGUGUACCCGAGCUCGUCGCGGCUGCGCGGCGCUUGUACGGCCAUGAGUUUGGAGAAGAGGCUCCACUGACGGCAGCAUGUGCCCCCGGAAGAGUCAACCUGAUCGGGGAGCACACCGACUACAACCAGGGAUUCGUGCUUCCGAUGGCGCUGCCCCUGGUGACUGUGGUGGUUGGGUGUCAAACCUCUGGCCCAGACAUCACUGUGGUAACCGCAACUGAGGAUGCUGACGAGCCUCGGAGGGUGGACUUCCGCCUGCCCAGUGACGGAUCCCCGCUGCCUCCGGGUUUACCCAGCUGGGCCAACUAUGUGAAGGGUGUUAUCCAGCAUUACCGGGCUCCACCCGUCCCAGGGUUCAGGGCGGUGAUAGCCAGCAGUGUGCCCCUGGGAGGAGGUCUGUCCAGCUCCGCCUCUCUGGAGGUGGCAUUCUACACAUUCCUGCAGCAACUCAAGCCAGAUGACGGGGACAAGGUAUCUACAGCGCUGGCCUGUCAGAAGGCAGAACACACUCACGCCGCUGUGCCCUGUGGCAUCAUGGAUCAGUUUGUGUCUGUUUUCGGCCAGGAGGGCCAUGCCCUUCUCAUCGACUGCAGGUCACUGGAGUCCACCCCCGUCCCUCUGGCAGAUCCAUCCUUGGUCAUUCUCAUCACCAACUCCAAUGUAAAGCACUCUCUGACCGGCAGCGAGUACCCCAUGAGACGCAGGCAGUGUGAGGAGGCUGCCUCCAUCCUGGGAAAGGACAGUCUCCGAGACGCCACCAUCAAGGACCUAGAGGAGGCAAGGGACAGACUAAGUGACGUAACCUAUCAAAGAGCUCGCCACGUGAUUGAGGAGAUUGAACGAACCGUCCAAGCUGCCGAAGCCUUGAAGAGAGGAGCCUACAAAGAGUUUGGCAAGCUCAUGGUGGAGAGCCACAACUCCCUCAGAGACUUGUACGAGGUGAGCUGCAGGGAGCUGGAUGAGCUGGUUUCCGCCGCCAUGGAGGUGCAUGGUGUGUUUGGCAGCAGGAUGACCGGCGGAGGAUUCGGCGGGUGCACCGUGACUUUACUGCAGGCGGAUGCCAUUGACAGGACUAUUCUCCACAUAAAGGAGCAAUACGGUGGAACCCCGACUUUCUUUGUUACAACUCCUUCAGAGGGCGCUCGGGCUCUCAGUCUGCCAUGACCAUCAAGACACAUCUCUGCUGUGUGACUGAUCCAUUCCUGUUCAUAGUCGUUGGUUUCCUUUUAUUUUUUCACUGUUAAAAUUAAAAGUGUCCUGCUGUUAUACACACUAGCUGAUUGAGACGUAUUCUGUUAAUAAAACAUUGUUGUGCCUGUUCUGCAGCUAACAGCAGGCAGAGACUGUUAGAAAUUAGCUGUUGGAACAAAAACAGAGCUUAAAGGACACUGAAUGUCGUACUAAAAUGGAUGGCACCUAAGCCAUAAAAACGUUAUAAGGCAAAAAAGUAUAAGAGCUGUGUGUUGACUUCUGCCUGAAAUUUCAAAUCGUUAUCAGAAAAAGGCAUGUCUUUGCCAAGGAAAAUAAACAUCUGAACCAGAAAACCUUUUCUGUCCAUAUUGUAAAUUCAGU